UAUACUUUAGUUAGGAUUUAAAUUUCUUAGAACUUUUUAACCGAUUUUUUAUUUUUAAAAUUUAUGUAGUCCCGCUAUCAAAAACCAUUUCUUUGUCUUAAACCCUAAAAAACCAUUUCAAUUUACCGACGUUUGCAAUGACGCCGUCUCAUUUCUGUCUCCGCUUCCUCCGCCGCUUCUCCACCGCCGCUGCAACCAAUGUUUCUUCCGGCGCAAUCACUAUCUCCAAAGCUAAAUCCAAACUCCGCAAAGUCCACGAUCCAGACAAAGCCUUAGCGAUUUACAAAUCCGUCUCCAACAAUUCCUCAUCUCCACUCUCCUCUCGCUACGCUAUGGAGCUCACAGUCCAACGCCUCGCUAAAUCUCAACGCUUCUCUGACAUAGAAGCUCUAAUUGAGUCUCACAAAAACAACCCAAAGAUCAAAACAGAGACUUUUCUCUCUACACUUAUCAGAUCUUAUGGACGAGCUUCAAUGUUUGAUCAUGCUAUGAAGAUGUUCGAGGAGAUGGAUCAGAUCGGGACACCAAGAACCGUUGUUUCCUUCAAUGCCUUACUCGCUGCUUGUCUUCAUUCUGAUUUGUUUGAAAGAGUCCCCCAACUGUUCGACGAAAUUCCUCAGAGGUAUAAUAAUAUUACUCCUGAUAAAGUCUCUUAUGGUAUGUUGAUUAAGUCAUAUUGUGACUCUGGUUCGCCUGAAAAAGCUAUGGAGAUUAUGAGAGAUAUGGAGGUUAAGGGUGUGGAAGUUACCAUCAUUGCUUUCACUACCAUUUUAGGAUCUUUGUAUAAGAAUGGUUUAGUCGAUGUAGCGGAAAGCUUGUGGACCGAGAUGGUGAAUAAAGGUUGUGAAUUGGAUAACACGGUUUAUAAUGUUAGACUUAUGAAUGCUGCGAAGGAAAGUCCCGAAAGAGUUGAGGAACUGAUGGAAGAAAUGAGUAGUGUAGGAUUGAAACCUGAUACGGUUAGCUAUAACUAUCUUAUGACUGCGUACUGCGUGAAAGGAAUGAUGGGUGAAGCCAAGAAAGUGUAUGAAGGGCUUGAGCAACCAAACGCAGCGACGUUCAGGACAUUGAUAUUUCGUCUGUGUAUAAAUGGGUUGUAUGAUCAAGGUUUAACGGUGUUCAAGAAGAGUGCUAUAGUGCACAAGAUUCCGGAUUUCAAAACUUGUAAGCAUUUGACUGAAGGAUUGGUGAAGAAUAACAGAAUGGAAGACGCAAGAGGAGUGGCUAGGACUGUGAAGAAGAAAUUCCCUCCGCGUUUAGUAACCGAGUGGAAGAAACUAGAGGAGAAGCUGGGUUUGUAUUCAAAGGCUAAUGCAGCUGCUGUUUCAUCUUCUUCUCAAACUAGAGAAGUGUUAGAUCAAGAAAGAGAGGAUGCUGCAUAAAGCUCAAGAACUUGCUAAGAAGAUCUUAUUUUUGUCUGUGCUUGCUUUCAGCUAUUAUAUGACUUGUGGAAACUGUGAUCUAACGUGAAGGUUAUAAUGCUAUGAGUUUCUCUUACAUUUGAUUUACUCA